CUUGAAAGAACGCACAAUGAGUCUACCACUAAAUUUUGGCAAAAUGGGUAAAAGUCUCUCCAACCUUCAGCAGAUUACACGGGAAAGAUUCGGUAAUGCGGACGACAUAACAGGUCUUCCGCCAGAAUAUAUAGAUCUUGAAAAACGCGUUGACGCCUUAGAGAAGGUUCACAGGAAACUUCUCAAUGUAACACGUAUUUAUGCGAAUCCUUCUUACGAUUAUCCAGACCAAAUUCGACAAUCAGUUGUAGAUUUUUCAACCACUUUUUUCGAUCAGUUAAAAUAUAUUGCACAAAGUCCAGCAGAACGAACUGAUAAUGGUACUCAGGAAGCACCAGAACCUUCAGCUGCGUCAACUCAACCAAAAAAUUUACACCAUGCAUUAGCACGCGCCGCAGAAGAAGGUUCAUUACUUCUUGAUGAUGAUGAUGCCCUUGGGACUGCCUUAAAAAAAUACUCUGUUGCACAAGAUCGGCUCGGAGAACAUCGAUUUAAAAUGGAUUCUGAAGUUUUGCUAAAAUUUCAUCAACCUUUUAAUGCAACUUUACACACCCAAAUUCAAAGCGCUAAUAAAGCCAGGGCUAGUGUUAAGUCUGCACGCGUGUCUCUUGAUGCAGCGAAAAAUAAGUUUAAGAAUGUUCGCCAAGAUAGAAUCGAGGCUGUCAGAUUGGAAGUCGAACAAGCUGAGGAUCAGUUUGUUGCUGCUGUUGAAGAAGCUACUACGUUGAUGAAGCAAGUAAUAGAAACGCCCGAACCGCUUAGAAAUCUUUCGGAUUUAGUCAAUGCACAAUUGACUUUCUACGAACAAGCGUACCAGAUACUUAAUGAACUUGUUCCUGAAAUUGAUGAUAUGCAGACUUGGUCGUAA